AUGGCCAAGAACAAAAACAGAGACAGCUGGGGGUCCCUCAGCGACAAAAACGUGUACGACUGGAGCUCGGAGGAGGAGGAGCCUGACGGGAGGGCGCGGCCCGUCCAGGUGCUGGUCGUCAAGGACGACCACACCUUCGAGCUGGACGAGGCCGCCCUGAGUCGCAUCCUGCUGGCGGAGGAGGUGAGGGACCGGGACGUGGUGGCGGUGUCCGUGGCCGGAGCCUUCCAAGGGAAGUCCUUCCUCAUGGACUUCAUGCUGCGCUACAUGUACAAACAGGCUGCGGUGGAUUGGCUGGGCGAGGCGGAGGAACCCCUCACUGGAUUCACCUGGCGGGGGGGGUCGGAGCGGGAGACCACCGGCAUCCAGAUCUGGAGCGAGGUGUUCCUGGUGGACAAGCCGGACGGACACAAGGUGGCGGUGUUGCUGAUGGACACCCAGGGAACCUUCGAUAGCCAGUCCACCCUGAGGGACUCCGCUACGGUGUUCGCUCUCAGCACCAUGAUCAGCUCCAUGCAGGUUUAUAAUAUCUCUCAGAACGUCCAGGAGGAUGAUCUUCAGCAUCUACAGCUUUUCACAGAGUACGGCCGCCUGGCCAUGGAGGAGACCUGCCUGAAGCCGUUCCAGUCGCUGAGAUUCCUGGUGCGGGACUGGAGCUUCCCCUACGAGUUCCCCUACGGACAGGAAGGAGGGAUGACCUUCCUGGAGAAGAGGCUCAAGAUCUCAGAGAACCAGCACGAGGAGCUGCAGAACGUGAGGAAGCACAUCCACUCCUGCUUCACCAACAUCUCCUGCUACCUGAUGCCCCAUCCCGGCCUCAAGGUGGCCACCAACCCCAACUUCGACGGCCGGAUCAAAGAGAUCGACAAGGACUUCAUCGAUAACCUGGAGGUGCUGGUCCCCUGGCUGCUGAGCCCGGCCAACCUGGACGUGAAGGAGAUCAACGGCAGCAGGAUCACCUGCCGAGGCCUGCUGGAGUAUUUCAAGGCCUACAUCAAGAUCUACCAGGGGGAGGAGCUACCCCACCCCAAGUCCAUGCUGCAGGCCACCGCCGAGGCGAACAACCUAGCAGCCGUCGCUGCCGCAAAGGACCUCUACAACAAGAAGAUGGAGGAGGUGUGCGGCGGCGACCGGCCCUUCCUGGCGCCCGCCGAGCUGCAGGCGCGGCACGGCGUGAUCCGCGAGGAGGCGCUGCAGGUGUUCCGCGGCGUGAAGAAGAUGGGCGGCGAGGAGUUCAGCCGCCGGUACCUGCAGCAGCUGGAGACGGAGGUGGACGAGGUGUUCGUCCAGUACAUCAAGCACAACGACUCCAAGAACAUCUUCCACGCCGCGCGCACGCCCGCCACCCUCUUCGUGGUCAUCUUCGUCAUGUACGUGGCGGCCGGCGUCACGGGCUUCGUGGGCGUGGACGUCAUCGCCAGCGUGUGCAACACGGUGCUGGGGCUGGCGCUCAUCACGCUGUGCACCUGGGCCUACAUCCGCUACUCCGGGGAGUACCGCGAGCUGGGGGCCGUCAUCGACCAGGUGGCCGGGGCCCUCUGGGACCAGGGAAGCACGAAUGAGGCGCUCUACAAGCUCUACAACGUCGCGGCGAACCACAGACACCUCUACCACCACGCCUUCCCGGGCGCCAAGGGGGCGGAGCAACAGCCCGCCGACCCCCCCCAACAGGACCGCAAGAGAGACUGA